AUAGCAACAAACAGCUGUUCCAAGUGUGGCCAGACACUUUUGCGUUAAUUAUCUGCACGUAUUUCAAAGAGUUUUGUUUUCAAUUUGUUUUAAAAAAACAAAAGCCCUUGGCAAUGGGAGAUCAGCGUGUCCUGGUCAUCGACAAUGGGUCCUACGAAUGCCGCGUGGGCUGGAGCGACUGCAAAGAGCCUGAGCUGCGAUUCCGCAACGUGCUGACCAAGCCGCGCAAGGAUCGCAAGAAGGAAGCCAUCGGCUCCUCUGAGGGCUCCGGUACCACAUCGUCGGCUGUUGAGGCACCAGCCGAAAUCCAGGUGGGCAACGACAUCACCAACAUCGAGGCUGUGCGCGCCCAUCUAAAGUCGCCUUUUGAGCGGAACGUGAUAACCAAUUGGAACCAUCAGGAGCAGAUAUUCGACUAUAUCUUCACUAAAAUGGGCUUCGAGGGACAGGAGAACAUCGGUCAUCCGAUUGUGCUGACCGAGGCUCUGGCGAAUCCCAACUUCUGCCGCCAGCAGAUGAGCGAGCUGCUCUUCGAGUGCUACGGCAUUCCUGCAGUGUCCUACGGCAUAGAUGCUCUGUACAGCUGGGAUUACUAUCAGCAGAGCCGCAGAAAGGUCUCUGAUGCGCUGAUCAUUUCCUUCGGGUAUAGCACAACACAUGUGAUUCCCGUGCUGGAGGGCAAGAUCCAGCUGGAGCAUGUCCGGCGCCUAAACGUGGGUGGCUACCACAUCAUCACAUACCUGUUCCGGCUCAUGCAGAUGAAGUACCCAGUGCACUUAACCGCCAUCACCAUCAGCAGGAUGGAAAAGUUGGUGCAUGAGCAUUGCCACAUAGCCGUGAAUUACAGAGAGGAGCUGGUGAAGUGGGCCCAGUUGGACUACUACGAGGAGCACAUCAUGAAGAUUCAACUGCCCUACAACGCCGUGACCGCCACAAAUGCCCUGCUCACCGCCGAACAGAAGCAGGAGAAGCGCCGGGAGCUGGCCCUUCGUCUCCUGGAGAUCAAGAACCGCCGGGAACGGGAAAAGCUGCGCGAGGAUGAGCAACAGUUGUUCGUGUACAACAAGCUCAGGCAGCUGUACGAGCAGCAGAAGCUGCAGAAGUUCGAGCGGGCCCUGGAGCAGCAGCAGAUCGGUACUUUGGAGGAAUUGGAUUCACUUAUCGCCACGAUUAAUUCUCGAAUUAAGCGGGCACAGGAGCGGGCUCAGAGUGCCCCUCGGCCGAGCAAGCAGCAGGACAAGCUGGACAAAAUGCCCAAGCCCCCCGAGGGAGUCACGCAGGCCGAUUGGCUAGCCGAUAUCCAUGAUAAGCGAGAUAAACUGCUCCGGCGCAAGCAAGCCCGCCAGCAGCAGCGCUCGGAGCAGGCCAAACGACACACGCACGCCGCUCAGGAACGGAUGCGGAUCAUCUCGUCGCUGGCGAAAAGCGAGAAGCGGCGCAAGGCCAAUGGCGAGGAGGAGGACGACGGCUUUGGUAUGAACGAUAACGACUGGGACGUCUACAAGCGGAUCAAUCGCUACAACGACGACAGCGACUCGGAUGCGGACAACGAUCAGCUGCUGGAGUUCGAGAAGAUCCUCAACCACUACGAUGCCAACUUCGACGAUGGCAGCGUCAAUGUCCAAGCCCAGAGCGCUGCCGAAAACUACCAAUUGCACUUCGGGGUGGAGGACAUCCGCGUGCCGGAGAUUUUAUUCCAGCCCAGCAUGAUUGGCUGCUCGGAGGCAGGGCUCGCCGAACUAAUUGCCUUCGUCCUUAAGCUCUUUCCCGCCGAGGAGCAGCAGCGCAUGGUGGACCAUGUCUACCUGACUGGUGGCUGUGGCCAGUUCAGAGGACUGAAAGAACGACUGGCCAAGGAGCUGCUGGAAAUGCGACCGUUUCAGUCGCAGUUCGCCAUCUACGAGUCGGAUGAGCACACUUUAAGCGCCUGGCUGGGGGCUUGUGUUCAGGCCGAGGAUCCUGGCUUUGGGCAGACGCUUACCACGCGCCAGGACUACCAGGAGAGGGGCAGCGAGUUUUUCCGCGAGCACAAAGCCAGCAAUCUCUUUUAUCCUACACCAAAAGAUUAACAUAUUUGUAUUUGAAGUCACCGAAAAAUAAAGACAGACUUAAGCUAUA